CUCAACACAACAUGGAUACCUCUUCUUCAGUGCUCAACUACAACCUGUGGUUCUCCGAUUCGGACCUUUCCAGCAUCUCCUCUUCAGAAGCCUUCUCUCCCUCUCUGGACUCCAGCGUCUCCCCGUCCUACCGGCAGCUGCCUCAGAGCUCUUCCAAACUGGAAAAGCGUGGCAGGAAGUCGGGUCGAGGGAACCGGAUACGCAGCAAACAGAGAGAGAGUGCCAGUGAGAAGGAGAAGAUGAGGAUGAGGGAUCUGACGAAGGCCCUUCAUCAUCUUCGUUCAUACCUCCCGCCUUCAGUGGCUCCUGCAGGACAGACCCUGACCAAAAUAGAGACCCUUCGCCUCACCAUAAACUACAUUUCCCACCUUUCGUCGCAGCUGGGCCUCAGCGAGGAGGAGCUUUUCCAGAGGAAGGAGCAAGGAGACACUUCGGCCAGCGACACCUCCUCCUCCUCGCCUGACAUCCUGGGAUACUUCCAGCACGGAUCCUCCAUCAUGGGAGCACAGGAGCUGCAGGGUCAGAACCAGAGCCUGUACCCUGCCCAGGUGUAUUCUGGGAGUUGUAGUUUCGGAGUGGAUCAGUACAGCAGGCAGUACUACGAUGCUCCUCAAGGAGACGGGAGCCUGGACGCCGUCCUGCAGUCGCCUCCAACAACUCAGACCUACUGUCAGAUGUCCGGGAAAGAGUUCUGCAUGCCGCUGGUUCCCAGAGAGUACUGGGGUUAAAAUCUGGAAACCGCUCCAUCCUCUUCCUCCUCUUCCUCUUCGUCCUUCUCCUCUUCCUCUUCGUCCUCCUCUUCGUCCUCCUCCUCCUCUUCCUCCAACAACAACAAACUACUUCUGUUUUUACUGCCUCACUGUGAAACAUUUAUAAUUUAUUUAAUAUAUAUAUGCUAUCUUACUUUUUAUUUAUUUUGUCCAUGUGAAAUGUUCCAUGUAAAUAUUGAUACGUCUUAACAACUAUUUUUACAU